AUGAAGUCUCGAACAAAGAUGGCGGGCUAAAAGUGAAAUGAUAGAGCCCAAGAUGAGUAUAUAAAGAGUGAGAUCGUCUGAAUGAAUGCAACACAGCUCUAGCUUUCAACUUCCAGUACGCGCAUCUCCAUACACCAUGCUCUGCAAAUCACUCCUCUCGUCGAUAGCGCUGCUUGCAGCUACCCACGUCGUCAACGCUUCUCCUGUCGCGCCGGUUAAUAGUGCGAUCGCUAAUGCCGUGCUCAGCGCAGAGUGUCUCUUGGUGAACGUUGCUGUGAACUCACUUCAUGCCUAUUCCUCAGCUACCCCCUUCUGCUCUUCAUUCAUCGGGAUCAAGACCUCUACCAUCUCGACGACGAUUACUACAACCCUCCCAGUCGUUACAGCAACCCUGAUCACGACAACCUCGACAAGUUCGGACAUUCUGCCUUGUUCAGACAGUCACAACUUGUAUUCCGGCAGCCGCGACAACCAAGAAGGCAAAGAGGAAGGCUCCAACUCCCACCACCACAUCCUUAUCAGUUGCAACCGCCCUCCCAUCUUGCGUCGCUCAAUUUGCGAGCGCAGAGAUCUCAACCGCUUGUAGCUGCCUCGCAAUUCCGACACCCAGUACGACUUUGACAUUUACUGUCACCAGCAGCCCUACAACGACGUUGACUCUCUCAACCCUAGCCGUCACAACUCCCUCAGCAUCCACGACCACCGUCAUCUCCACA